AUGUACAUUCUUGAGCCAUUGCUGCCGUUUUGUGUUCAGAGCGAAGAAGUGAAGGACCAACACCAAUUCUUUGAUAUCCAGGUACCCUCACGGCGCGCCAUCGCCGCCGCACUCGCAGGCGCUGCCCGCGCCGCGCCUACUCUGACCAAGGCUCCCAGCUCGAAGGCUCCGUCCGAACAGCACGUGGUUACAACCCGGAGAGAAGCGCUGUCCUUGUACCGCGAAAUCCUGAGGUACUCUAUUCUCUUCGUCUGGGAGAACAACAGCGGAGAGACCUGGCGGGACGUUAUCCGCGCAAGUGCCAGGCAGGAGUUUGAGGCUGCUCGUAGUGAGACUGAUCCUGAAGUGAUCAACCGUUUGCUGGUGACUGGCCGAGACUCUGUCCAAAAAGCGAUGGAAAAGUUUCUGAAGGAGAGGGUACGCAUCUCAGAAGCUGACGAGUCCCACCAGCCACCUGGCCACCAGUGA